UCAGCACACCUGUUGCCGAUGUGUGUGCUACAGCACUAAUAUCUAGCGGUUUUUUUUUUUUCAUUACUUUUCUUUUAAUUUCACUUCCACUUUUUUCGUUCUCGGUGUUUUCAGGUGAGUUUUGAAGUGAAACAAUGAACCGCACUGACCUACGGAGGCUUUUUUCGGCAUGUGAUGGGAACAAGUCGGGAAGGAUUGAGUACGAGGACUUCACUAACGUUUGUACAGAGCUCAGUGUCCCUGGUGACCACAUCAGCACUUUAUUUAACAAGUUUGACCUGGAUGGAGACGGAUAUAUCAAUUUCAAUGACUUCUCGUCCAGUUUUAAUGAAGUUUCGGAAGCACUUAAUCUGGCUUUGUUGGGCGACAGUUUGCAAGCUCAGAGAAGUGCUUGGGAUCAAUUUGAAAACACGUUGGAUGGAGAUGUGGCCUAUUAUUUGGGAAGGCAGUUGGACUCAUUGAGCGAGUUGUAUGAACAGAUUCACUCCACAUCAGAUGAGGGGUUACUGCAGCAAUAUGAAGAUCUCAUAAAGAGUUUUGUGGCUGAGAGUAAAGAGCACAGGUUGGAGAAUCAACAACUGGAAACCAGUCUGAGAAGGACUGAAGAACUGACCAGCAGUCAGUUUGCAGAGAUUGAGGACGACUUGCAGCAACAGCUGGCACGAACAGAAGCGAGAAUCAGAGAAGAGGAGCGAAAGAAAUUGGACGAAUCUAUAGCAGUGCUCCAAAUCAAGCAUGAGAAUGAGCUGGUUGACCUGCAAGCAGCUAUAGACCGACUCACAAAGCAAUAUCAAGAGGAGUCAAAAUUAACCAGCCCCAGAGAGGAUGCCAUCAAACUGAGAUCACAGAUUAGAGAUCUGAUGCAGGAAAAUGAAGACCUGAGAAACUCGCUCAUGAAAGCUCAGAUGAAUGUCUCUAUUCUCCAGGUGGAGUUGGACAGAUUGAAGAAUGCAUUUACUGAUCAGAAACUUCAACAUGAGAGAGAAAGUGAAGACCUGAAAAAGAUGGUUAUGGAAUACCAGUCUUACUCGAGCCAAAUAGAAAUCCUUCAGGAAGUGAACAAGAAGUUGUAUGACAGCAAUGAUGGGUUACGGUCUGCUCUCACCCAAGAUAAUCCUACUACAAAAAGACGGCGCUCUCCCAAAAAUGAAGUUCCUCCGAGGAAGAUGAAACCGCUUCGACAGAGCACAAUGAAUCAGGGCAGUUUUGUUAAUGAAGAGGACACCAUGGCCUUGGUAAAGAGUUGGGCUGAUAGAUAUUUGGAUAGUGGAGUUUCCAUUCAGACUGACACGGAGCCAAUGUCAGGCAGUGAUUAUGACAGCGAUGACAGCCAUGAGACAGCGCAUCAUAACGACUCUUAUAAUCCAUCUGAGCUGGAGGUUUCAGACCUGAAGUCUGAAGGUAUGGGAUCUGUAGCUCGUAGCACAGUUGGCUCAAUAACCUCCUCGCUUCGGCGACGACUGUCUGUUUUUCCUGUCAAGCAAACUGAAGCAGAGGUUCAUGACACUGAUGAUCUUGCUCCAGUGUAUCGCCUGGUGUUAGCUGGGGAUGCUGGGUCAGGAAAGUCCAGCUUCUUACUACGACUAAGUCUUAAUGAAUUUAGGGGAGAUAUACAAACCACUCUUGGUGUUGACUUUCAAAUGAAAAAGAUGCUGGUAGAUGGUGAGAAAACAAACCUUCAGAUCUGGGACACUGCUGGACAGGAAAGGUUUCGUAGCAUUGCUAGGUCAUAUUUUCGCAAGGCAAAUGGAGUGCUUUUGCUGUAUGACGUCACAUCUGAAAGCAGUUUCCUAAACGUUCGUGAAUGGGUGGAACAGAUUCGGGAGUCAACAAAUGAGGAUAUCCCAAUGUGUGUGAUAGGGAACAAGGUGGAUUUGAGGGCUGAGAGGCCAGAGGGAAGCUGUGUGACUGCUUUCCAUGGUGAAAAGCUUGCUAUGACUUACAAUGCCCUGUUCUGUGAGGCAAGUGCCAAAGAGGGAACAAAUGUCAUAGAGGCAGUUUUACAUUUAGCAAGAGAAGUAAAGAAACAUGCGAAACUGAGCCGGAGAUCAGAAUCACAGGUUAAGCUGAGUCUUUACAAUCGGAGGAAGACGCUGAGCAACUGCUGUGGAGUUUAGGUCUAGCUGUUUUUUUUUCCCAGAGAAAUUCAGUUCAAGUGCCUUGCAUUUGUUUUAAAGUCAGUGCUUUCAACGUUUUAAAUAAUGUUUGUUAAUUCUACCUUAUAAAUUCAUGUUAUUUUAGAAAAAUAUUGGCAGAAUAAAACUUCUUUUUUAAAAUGCAUUGUCACUUUUAAGCAAUUUUAGAAAGUCUUUUUCAUUAACUGUUUAAGCACAUUGAUCAAAUGUAUACCAGUACAUUUGCCUACAAAUGAUCAAAUCACUUCAGGGUUCAGUGUUUAUUUAAAUGUUUAUGUAUUUGUUAUUUGAAUUUAUGUUGAAGGAUA